AUGAGGAAAUUAUCUGAAUACCAACUAUCAUUAUUUAACAUUCAAAAUAAUUUCUAUUUUGGAUAAAAUAGAGAUAACAAAUAUGCAUUAGGCAUGAUUACUUAAUAGUUGAUAUUAAAUUAAAUAUUAUAUAGAAAUAUUUAAUUAGAAAGUUAAGAUUAGUAUUUUAUAUUAAUUUAAAUAUAUAUAAAUAUUUGUCAAGAGAUGGACCAAAAGCAUUUGAUGAGAUACUUUGUUGAGGAAUAAUAAGCUUUACAUAGAGCUGCUGCAGUUUAUGGUUCUGGGUUGGCUAUGUAAUUAAACUUGGAGAGAAACAUCCUAGGCGCUCCUGGAUAAUCAUCUUAUAUUCAUUUAGAGAUUGCUAUGAAUAAAUUGGAGGACAUUGAUGAAUUAGAUUUUAUGGGAAAUAAGAAACUUGAACAAGAAUUCGUGAAAGGAUUUCAAUAAAUAUGA